UCAGAGAGUGUGGAAAGUCUCACGUGUUUUUGAACACAACAAUGAAUCAAAACGCUAAAAACGUCGUGUAAGAGGAAUCCCCUGCGUUUCUUACGCUGGGAGUGGAAAGGCAUGUGCACCCGGAUCGGGUUAUUCUGGUCCGGACACGAUUGUCUGCUUAGUCAGCGAAGUGAUUGCGGUUAUCACCCCUCACACACACCGGACAGUGUGAGCGCACGAGAGGCGCGGCUCGUAUCCUCGCGCUGUAGAGUCGCGGGCGGCUCGUUCAUGUGAAACAGGGCGUGUUCUGGUCAACAGUGAGUCUCUGCUCUGCGAUGAUCCGGCUGGCUGUGUUGCGCUCGCUCGUGGCCCGUCACACGCCGGGUCCGGGUCACCUACACGCCCGGUUCCUCGGGACACACCGACGCAACAUCAACCCGGAGCAGCUGGAGCUCCCGAGUCAGGCGCGCGAGUUCGUGUACAGCCUGAGCCCGGUGACCCGGAGCUGCUUACUGAAGGAGCUGCAGAGCUUCGAGUCCAAGACUCAAGACUCGGAGGAAUCGUCUCCGCUGACGGCCGCUCAGCUCAGAUACAUUCUCCUGCACAACGCCAUUCCCUUCAUCGGCUUCGGCUUCCUGGAUAACGCCAUCAUGAUCGCCGCCGGCACUCAGAUCGAACUGUCCAUCGGAUUGACACUGGGAAUAUCCACCAUGGCAGCGGCGGCUCUGGGGAACCUGGUAUCUGAUCUGGCUGGACUCGGUUUAGCAGGUUACGUGGAGGCUCUGGCUACACGCUUCGGGAUGCAGAUUCCUGAUCUCACACCGAAACAAGUGGAUAUGUGGCAGACCAGAGUCACCUCACACAUGGGUAAAGCCAUCGGCAUCACUAUCGGAUGCAUUCUGGGAAUGUUUCCGUUGCUCUUCUUAAGCGAUGAUGAUGAUGAUGAGGAGAAGAAGACGACAAAGAAUCAUCCAAACUCAAAAUAACAGGCUUUCUAUUUGUAUGACAUCAUUUAUUUCGACAAAAUGAAGAAAUCAAACAAAAGAACAAAUUCCCACGCGGUAACAUCAUCAUCAGAGUAAUGAAAACAUGGUUAGA